AUGUUCGUGGACGGUGUAAACAAGCCAUUCAAGAUUAAGAUUAUUGACUUUGGCUUGGCCCGUUAUGUCUCUCAGAUCGAAUCGGGCUCAUACAUGCAGCCACGCUAUUACAGGUCUCCAGAGGCCAUUCUGGGAUUUCCCUUCACAACAGCCAUUGACAUGUGGUCUUUGGGCUGCGUUGCUGCGGAGCUGUUCCUGGGCUAUGUGCUGUACCCCGGCGACUGCGACUACGACAUGCUCCAGCAUAUGGUGCAGACUCAGGGUCAGCUACCGCACGAACUUCUCAACAACGGCAUCAAAACCUGGUGCUUUUUCCGCAGAAACCGGGGCCGUAGACGUAGCUGGAGAUUAAAGACGCCAUUUGAAUACGGACAAGUCACCCGCAGCGAGAGCCAUUUCAACUCCCUGAAUGACCUGAAGAAGAUAAGACCAGCCUGCCAUCUCUCAAACGAGGACACCAUGGCAGAAAGCAAAGACCAGGAGAACUUUGUGGAUUUGCUCAAGAAGAUGCUUCAUCUGGACAUCGGUCAACGGAUAACACCCGGCCAACUUCUGGAGGAUCCAUUCAUCACCAUGUGCGACCUGGCUAACAGAUACCCCAACAGCUUUUACGUGAAAUUAGGCUGUGAAAUGAUGGAAGUCUGUCUGGAUCAGAGUAUGAGCCCUCAUGACAUGGAUCAGCAGCCGUGGCUGAACCUGCAGGCCUCCACCAGCACCGCCAGCCUGGACCAGCACAACCUCCCCGGCCAGGUCACUCCUGUCUGGAACCGUCGCCAAGAGCAUCCCUUCGUACUGAGGAUAGCAUCGGCCGUCUCCAGCAGCCUCUCCAUCCAGGACCAGAGUCUAUUGCAACCACAGCAACUCAGCUUCUCUGCUGAGGAGGAAAUGACAGCGCCAGAGCCGUCGCUGCCCUCCACCUCUGAGGUUCAAAUCUACAUGGGCGAAGUUAGUCCUGUGAGGAAAAUGAAGAGCGACUCUUUUGAAGCCUUACAGAGUGGUGACAUAAGCCUGGAAAGUGCCCUGACAGAGAGCAAGAGGAUAAAGACAGAUUUCAUAGAGACCCAAGCAGAGGUUCCAGCUGAGGCUUCAUCCAGCACAGCCAAAGCUAAGCCUCAGAGGAAAAGGACAUGGGACACUGUUGUAGCCUCAAACAGUGGGUUAAGAGCUCCAGACAAGGACUCGCCACAGAGAAAGAAGAUGAAGAUGAACCUGCUAAAUGACUCAAAAGAGGCUCCAAUUAUAACUUUGUCCAGUGAGGCCAAAAUUAAACCGCAAAGGAAAAGGACACGGGCCACUUUUGUAGCCUCACACAGUGGGUUAAGAGCUCCAGACAGAAACUCGCCAGAAAGGAAGAAGAUGAAGAUUAGAGAGGAUCCAAUUGAAACUCUGUUCAGUGAGGCCAAAAUUAAACCGCAAAUCAAAAGGUUGUGGGACACUUUUGUUGCUUCGAACAGUGGGUACAGAAGCGGCUCUCCAGAAAGAAAGAGGAGGACGAUGAGCCUGAAUGAGAUAAGCGCCACAACUGUAACCAGGCUUUAUCCAGCGAGGCCAGAAGUCCAGAGAGUGACAAAAACACCAGGCCAUGGAUGUGAGCUCAGCAGCGCCGGGGCACAACGGAGCAAGAGUGACGAAGGACCGCGAAACACGGUGGAGGACAGCAGAGCCAGAGAGACGAGGUUUGAGGACAGCAGUUCCACGGCCCAGGGGGACAUCAGGACAUCAGGAGGUUUGUAG